ACUUAUAUAAUUGUUACAGAUUUAUCUUCUGGGCUGUUUCACCAAUAAGGCUGUGUGCGUGUUGUGUGUGUGUGUGUUAAUCGAGGAAAAGAUUAGGCCAUAUUUGCCUGACAAUCACUUCUUUCAUUUUAUUGUUCACAUGUAUAUUUUCAACAAGUGGCAUUCAAACAUGACCAGACGCUGGAAGAAACAGAUCCACGUGAUUUUGUCAUCUGAUCAUGCUUUUGCGCACUGUUCAGAUUCCUCAAGAACGCGCGAGAGUUCUCUAGAACGUCACUGUUUGGUAAACUUACACGGCUAUAAGAAGCCACCAUUCCCUUUACGAACAUUUUCUGUUGCAGUCAACAAUUCCUAUAGAUUGUCCGUUGUACUUUGGCUGAAGAAAGUUCAUGGCACAUGGAGGGCAGAACCAAAGGGCGAAAGAGUGUCUGGUCAAGCACACUGGGGGAUGUCAUUGUGGCAUUGUUCGUUUUGAGGUCUUGAGUGACCCUGAUCUACUUGUGUUUGAAUGCAACUGCAGCAUUUGUACAAAAAAGCAGCACCACCAUUUUAUUGUGCCAAAAGCCCACUUCACACUUCUAAAGGGGUCGGACAACCUUACUACAUAUACAUUUAACACACACCAAGCCAAGCAUAUGUUCUGUAAAACCUGCGGUGUACAAAGUUUCUCCAUUCCCCGCUCCAACCUAGAUGGCUUUGGUAUAGCACCACAUUGUUUGGACUCAGGGACAGUGCGCAGUGUGACUGUAGAGAAGUUCAAUGGUGUGGACUGGGAGGAGAGUAUGGAGAACCAUCAAACUAUCAGGAACAUGUCAAAGCCUUUGGAAUAGCUGUAAGGCACAAAGGGAAAAAUACUGCCUAAGUGCAGGCCUUGACCCUAUAUUUACCGGCAUCCAUUUUACACAUAUAGAAAACUCAAGGAUGUUCUAUGUUGUCUUCAUGGUGAAAUAAUUUGGAAAUAACAAAUGGAUCCUAGCUAAGAAUCAUUUUUAAUGCUGAUAACCCUAUAAUAAAUAAUUCUGUGUAUCUAA